AUGGCCUCCUCGGACGGGCUGCAGUACCGGGCCCUCUGCGACCACCAGAAGGACCAGGAGGAAGACCCGACGCUGAGCGCGGGGGACGUGCUGGCGGUCAGCAGGGCCGGGCUGCCGGGCGCCCCCGACUGCAAGGACGGGGACGAGCGGAGCCCCCAGGGCUGCCUCAGCGGCACCAAGGAGCGCGGCGACUUCCCCGGCACCUACGUGCAGCACCUGGGUCCCGCGCGCAUCCCGGCCGCCGCCGCCAAGAUCGACGGGGGAUGCUGCCACCUGCCGGACGCGCGCUGGCCGUGUCCCUGCGUGCCUGUGCCACCAAGGAGAGGGCCCCCCGGGCAGGCGGAGCUCGCCGAGCGCCCCGACGUCCCCGAGCAGGCGCUGCCGACCGUGGCGAGGCUCGUCGAGGCGCUGGAGAAAAAAGGGAUCGACGGCGAGGCCGCCUACGCGUCGCCGGCCGGCUCGCUGGGCGACGCCGAGCUGCAGCGGGCUCUCCUGACGGAUGCCUCUGCCGUGGACAUGGACCGGUACAAUGCCCGGACGCUGGUGGAGGCCCUGAUGUGGUACCUCCAGGAGCUCCCAUCUCCCGUCAUCCACCCGGCCGUCUACUCUGACCUGCUCUAUCUGGCCCAAGGCGAGGUGCCGCUGCCGCAGACGGUGAGCAGCACCAGUGCAUCUGGGCCUUGCCAGAAGAGCAGCCGGCUGCCAAGUCUCUGUGAUACUGGCCCAGGAAGAAAGCGUUAUUACAAUAUUUUGGCUCUGCUGCCUGGGAAUUUUUUACUGUAAUCUAGUCAAGAUUUGGCUUUAUAUGGACAUAGAAGAAUUCUCUGCUUUUUUAGCUCAGAAUUCUGGAAGUGCCUGCAGGUUUCUGCAAGUUUUUCAGCCUCUAUGCAAAUAUAUGAGAU